UCUUGCGCUUGCACGCCUUACUCUCUUUCACUUUCGUCUCGACCGUCGACGACGAUUCAGUUUCAACGUGGUGCUACCGUUGCCACUGAUGAUUAACCUCAAUCACUCUGACACGUUACGUUGAAUCAUCCCAGCUGCUUCACAAUUUUUCCCUCUUACAAUAACCAAAAUUCUAACCAAAAUCUGAUCGCCUCACAAAGUUUGAUUCCUCAACGUAAAAGUUAACUUCGGUUCGUCUUCGGUGGUAAAAAUUCUACCAUAAUUUAGUCGGUGUGUCUUUUGCAAGUACACGGAACAUCUACAAGACGCAAGGAACAAACGCUAGUAGCUUGUUUCUUCAGCUGAGGUUACUUUACGGGCACCACGCCACCACACGCGGGGCCAUUGACGAAAAAACGCCGAAGACUAAAACAUAUAAGAGAAGGAGUGCCGUAAAACAACAUGAGUGACAAAGGGGAUAAUGAGCAGUGGACGGGUGACUCCAAAAAUGGCCCAGGGGACAAAGAUCCUGAUUACGCUUCAAGCCCACCGGGCAUGGAACCUAACGGCAUCAUUGAGUCGAACUGGGACAUUCUCGUUGAAAACUUUGAUGACAUGAACCUGAAAGAAAAUUUGUUGCGUGGUAUAUACGCUUACGGUUUUGAAAAACCUUCUGCUAUCCAACAGCGUGCUAUUUUGCCCUGUAUUAAGGGUCAUGAUGUUAUUGCUCAGGCUCAAUCUGGUACUGGUAAAACUGCUACCUUCUCGAUUUCUAUUUUAGAAAAGAUAGAUACAAAUCUAAAUGAGUGCCAGGCCUUGAUCCUUGCACCCACUCGUGAAUUGGCCGUACAGAUUCAGAAAGUAGUGAUUGCCCUGGGUGAUUUCAUGAAUGCACAAUGCCACGCUUGCAUCGGUGGUACCAAUGUCCGCGACGAUAUGCGCAAGUUGGAGCAAGGCGCUCACGUAGUCGUUGGCACGCCCGGCCGUGUUUUCGACAUGAUGAGUCGAAAUGCAUUGCGCUCCAAACAUAUUAAAUUGUUUGUCCUCGAUGAAGCUGAUGAGAUGCUUUCUCGUGGAUUUAAAGACCAAAUUCACGAUGUUUUCAAACUCUUACCACCUGAAGUCCAAGUGAUUCUACUAUCUGCUACAAUGCCCACGGACGUGCUUGAAGUAUCCAUGUGCUUCAUGAGAGACCCUAUCCGUAUUCUGGUGAAAAAAGAGGAACUGACUCUUCAAGGUAUAAAGCAAUUCUUUAUCCUCAUUGAACGUGAGGACUGGAAACUCGAUACCCUGUGCGAUCUUUACGACACGCUGUCGAUCACUCAGGCAGUUAUUUUCUGUAACACUCGUCGCAAGGUCGAUUGGUUAACCGAAAAUAUGCACCGCAAAGAUUUUACUGUCUCUGCCAUGCAUGGUGACAUGAAUCAAAACGAGCGUGACGUUAUUAUGCGUGAGUUCCGUUCAGGGUCCUCUCGUAUCUUGAUCACCACUGAUCUUCUCGCUCGUGGUAUCGAUGUCCAGCAGGUUUCCUUAGUUAUCAACUAUGAUUUGCCCUCAAAUCGAGAAAAUUACAUUCAUCGUGUUGGACGUGGUGGUCGUUUUGGUCGUAAGGGUGUUGCUAUCAACUUCGUGACUAACGAGGAUAAGAGAACUUUGAAGGAUAUCGAACAAUUUUAUAAUACGCACAUUGAAGAAAUGCCAUCAAAUGUCGCCGACUUGAUCUAAGCGUUUCCGAGUAAAAAUUGUCCUCUAUAAAAAAGAUAACAGUACAUGCUAAAAGGAACUGAUCAACUAUCUUUUAUAUGAUGUGCGAGUGUACUAUAAAUACUCUGAAAAAAUUGUAAUCGCUCGAGUAAGGCACAAACCGUACCGCAGUUUGUAUUCAAGGGAACAUUCGUUACUCUUUUGUGUAAUUGUUUUGUUUUACAAAAAUACUUAGUACAUUAAUAUUUGUAAUAGGUAAAAAUAUAAAAUUUGGUAGAAAAACUGUUUGUAGAACUUC